AUGGAGUCUCAUAUGUUUGGAAAGUGGGACUACAUAGUGUUUGGUGUCAUGAUGGCCGUCUCGGUGAGUAUUGGCAUAUAUCAAGCCAUAGUCGGCAGCCAUGGUAGACUGGAGGAAUACCUUCUGGCUGGACGCUCAAUGACCUUCUUCCCCGUAGCGUUGUCGUUGAUGGCGACGUUCACGUCGUCAAUUACCAUGCUUGGAGCGUCAGCAGAGGCUUACGGCCAUGGCAUCAUGUGGAUUCUCAGUGAGAUAGCCUUCUCCGUGGGAAACCUUCUGGAAUUAUACCUGUUGUUGCCCCUUCUGAAGAGACUCAAUAUCUCUAGCCCAUUCCAGUUCCUUGAAGGCCGCUUCAAAUCCCGAGCUCUGCGCAUCAUAGCUACUGUGCUGGCGUGUGUUCAGAACAUUAAUUACAGUGCCUCCUCGGUGACCUCUGGACCAGUAAGCGGCCUGUUCUACCUCGGGGCUCUCUUCCCCUUUGUCAAUACAAGAAGUGCAAUUCUUGCACUGCUUACUGGGCUCAGCUUCCUGACGUGGCUGGUGGUUGGUGCCAGUGUUUGCCAGGGGGUGAGGCAGACGCCCCUUCUCCCCCCUGCCCCGACAGAUCACUGCCCAAGUGGUCAUCUCUCCCUGUCAUAUUCAAUGACUAACAUCACUGUGAUGAGCCCAAACUCAACAAAUCACAAUCUCCAGCAAUUUACAGGGUAA